ACUUCAGCUUCCAACACAAUCAUGGCACCCCACCUCAGGUCCACGAGUGUGCCUUCCAGCCCUCGAUCCGGCGAAACCGAUGUCGAUCAACAGCUGCAUAGCCUAAACACAGCCACCGUCUCUCCCUUAUCAACAAUUGGGACAGUGUGUGUUGGGCUAAGGAGGCUUGGAGACAUCUAUGACUGCAUCGAUGAGCUCACAUGCUUGCCUAGCAGCCAAAUUCUCCUCUGCAAAACGCAGCAAAGGAUUUCUGUGGAGCAAGAGCUCGAGCGCUCCCUUAUCUUGCUUGACCUCUGCAAUGUCGUGCAAGUCAGCUUUUCCGAGCUCAAGGCAAGCGUCCAAGACAUGCAGUUGGUUAUCAAGAGAGGAGAAGAUGCAGCUCUUCAGGUCAAGAUUCAGUCUUGGUUUCACCAGAUUAAGAAAGUGCAAAAAACGCUCAAGAAGAACACCAAGAAGUCUUCUUCGGCUGAUCUGGAGAGCUGCAGAGUGGUCAGGUUGUUGACUGAAGCUAGAGAAGCCGCUGUCACAAUGAUUGGAUCCUCAAUGGAACUCCUGUCGAAGCAAAUUGCACCACCGAAUUCUAACAAGUGGGCUCUUGUGUCAAAGGCAUUCCAGAAGAAAAGAGUUAAUUGCGAAGAGGAGCAACUGCAGGUGCUGGAGUUGGACAUCGUUGAUCUUGAGAGUGGAGUUGAGACUUUGUUCAGGAGAUUGAUUCAGAGCAGAGUCUCUCUUCUAAAUAUUCUCAGUUUGUAGACUAGAGAGUAUGUACCAACUCUGAUCCCCUGUGAUUGGCGUCCGCCUUUUAGAGGAUUUGCUGAUCACUAGAACAAUUUUGCAACAUGUGUACAUGAAACACACUGUACAUAAAUAUACUCAAUUGAGGAACAGACACGGUUAUUUAUCAAAUUCAUAUUUUAUAUUACAAUUGCUUAAGUUUUGGAUGGUUCACUCAAAAGAUUCUAUCCUGGGAAGAAAAGACCAAGUUACUUGGAAGAUGCUUGUCAUUAUUGACUAUUAUAGUCUAUAGAAGUGUUUUUCAGAAAACAGUUCAAGUGCAACUUAGUUGUUUGGUUUUCAAAUAGUCAUGUUGCAUGUUUAAGAAUGUUGGUGAUACACUGAUACACUCCUUGUGCAGUGGUUCUAAACCUAUAUAGAAAUAUGCCAGCUCCAGAACACAAAGUAUAAACUUGUACAACUCAUAAACUAAUGUAAGAUCGUUUAGAUCACUAAACUAGUGAUCUAAAUGAUCUUAUAUUAGUUUACAGAGGGAGUAAUUAGCACACAGCUGGUUCUAACAGAAACAUUAUCUGUGUCAAUAAUUACCAGGCUACACCACAUGUAUCACAAAGGAAAAUGUCCAAUUUAAAACCCCAGAGCCAAUAAGUUACACUUUCAACUGGAGUCUCGCUGCAAUAAUCGGAAUACAACAAGUGAGGUUUUUGAUUCUUAC